AUGCAGUCGGGAAUAUCGGUCUCGUCUGAGUUGCACGAUGCCUUUCAAGCAUUUACCUCGGAUACUUCUCAAUUUGCGCUGCCCAUUACCAUCAACUCUGAGAGCCUGAAGCCCCGUGCUGCAAUUCCCUUUUCGGGCUCCUUCUACUCGUCUCUCCCUCGGCUCCAAUCCGUCCUCGAGCCCAAAACACCUCUCUUCCUAGUCCUCCGCCACUCGCCCUCCAUCGGCCUCGUAGCCCUGACAUAUAUCCCCUCUAAUGCAGGUGUUAGAGCCAAGACACUAUUUGCCUCGACUCGCGCUACGUUGACCCGAGAACUGGGCAGCGAGAAGUUUGUCACCACAAUCUUCGCCACCGAGGAAGAAGAGGUAUUCGGAGAAGAUGCAUGGAAGGAGCGCGACCUGGAGGGCAAUGGUACUUCCAAUGCUUCGUAUAAGAGAGAGGACUUGAUGGACGAGAAGGAGAGGGAAUUGGAAGCUGUUCGGCGGGCAGAAGAGGAAGCUAGGCAUGGAACAGCGGGGCGUGAUGUUGGUACUGGGGGCAGUUUAGCACGAGCAAGCGGCAUUGCCACAGGGGGUGGUAUUGGAGUGAAUAUGCCUGUAGAUGAGGACGCAAAAACCGCUCUACGAUCUAUACAAGAUGGAGGGUUGGUUCAGCUGUCCAUUGCUGUCAAAUCCGAAACCAUCACACUCGCCGCUGCGGAGUCGAAUAUCUCUGCGAACGCCGUGGCCUCUAAGAUUUCAGACUCUGCGCCGCGAUAUACCUUCUAUCAUUAUCCCGGAUCUGACGUGGUGAUUUUCAUAUACACAUGCCCCACCGGAUCAUCCAUCAAGGAGAAAAUGCUUUAUGCAAGCACACGUCGAGGGGCAAUCCAGUUGGCGGAAGCGGAAGGAGUGAGGGUCAGCAAAAAGAUCGAAGGGUCUUCGCCGGAUGAAAUCACCGAGGCACGACUGAAUGAGGAGGUUUAUAAUCUUCGGGCAGCCGUCACGGUCCUUUUCGAGGCGCGUGCAUUCGAAACAGUAGAAAGCGUCGCUGAUACCCUCGCCACCGCAGACGAUACAUUUGUUCUGGUAGUUACCGAAGGAGCACUCGUCACACACGCGCACGAGCGUUGUUGGCCGCACGUAGGAAUCGCAUACAGGGCAUUUGCCGUCGCACUUGUCACAGAGUCUGCCGAUGGAGAUGCCUGGUUGUUUGCGGCACAUGACAAGAUCGGGGUGAUGGCGGGACAUGGUGACAGGUGUCAGAGCGCAAAUGAAACGUCGAGAGGUGAAGAAGAUGUGAUGAGGAGAAGAGGAAAGAACCCGAAAAGGCUGUCCAGGAAGGUUCCACGGGACGUGGCCCGAGCGCCACCCCCAGAAGUUAAUCCAUGGCCUGCACGGCGACGACUUGCGACUCGCACGAUAUACAAAUUCCUUCUCGACAGGGCCUUGCGUCGCAUUCUGCUUGUAGCUGCCAGUCUUCAACCAAAUAUGGCGGAAGAGACUCUGCCCUCCGCAGUUUCUGUUCCUCAACCAGAGGAAAACGCUUCUCCAGAAGCAGGUCAGAAAAGGCGCAAGUCGUCAGUCUCUGAAAAUGGCACCAAACGACGGCGUAUUAGUGACCAGCAUGAGGACGAUGCUCGACCGUCCCCGCCGCAGCCUACUGCGGGACAGGCCAUAGGCACAGCGAGACCUUCAAGAAACGCUGCCACGGCUACGGAAGAACGGAAGCGGGGACAAAGACUCUUUGGGGGUUUGCUUGGCACAUUAUCUCAAACACCGUCGACGGUAGCACAGAAGCGGCGGGCAGAUAUUGAGCAGCGCCAACAAGCAAAGCUCAAGCUGCAGAAUGAACAGCAGAGUGAAGCAAGGCGCAAGGAAAAAGAGGAUAUGAUGAUUGAGCGGCGAAAACAGCAAAGAGAUUUGGAAGCUUCUUCGAUGGGCGUCAGGCAUCGAAAUUUGCUUCAAGCAGCCAAUUUUUUGCGAACAAAGGUGGAGCCUGUUUUAUUAUGGCGACCUUUCCAGUUACGAGAUGAAGAUGAGGACGCGAUCGCGAGACAGCGUCAGGAAGUGAAUGAAAUCAUUUCUAAAGAAAAGGCGGACUUUGAAGAACGCUGGCAUGGGCGAGAAGAGGAAGAGGAAACUGAAAAGGGAGGCAUACAAAAGGAAUUAAAUACAAAGGAUGGUCCUUCAGACGAGUCAAGGGAGACAAAUGAAACAUCCAACGGAGAAAAGCACACAAGCCCUCAGGAUAUCGAUAGCAAAUCCGGGAAAGAAAUAGACCAAAGCAAACAAGAAAAAGAACGAAUCGCGUCGACAUCUUCAGCAACAGAUAGGGGUGAUCAAAGCACCGAUGGUGCGCAUAUGCAAUCGACGCACCAGCGUCCAGAUGAUGAGGGGGAAGAGGUCAUGGAAGAGGAUAAGGAAGAUAUGGUUCUCUAUUAA